CAGCCCCGAGCGGGAGGCGGCGGAGGGAGGCGGGAGCCAUGCGGGAGUACAAGGUGGUGGUGCUGGGCUCGGGCGGCGUGGGCAAGUCCGCCCUCACCGUGCAGUUCGUGACCGGCUCCUUCAUCGAGAAGUAUGACCCCACCAUCGAGGACUUCUACCGCAAGGAGAUCGAGGUGGACUCGUCGCCGUCCGUGCUGGAGAUCCUGGACACGGCGGGCACCGAGCAGUUCGCCUCCAUGCGGGACCUCUACAUCAAGAACGGGCAGGGCUUCAUCCUGGUGUACAGCCUGGUGAACCAGCAGAGCUUCCAGGACAUCAAGCCCAUGCGGGACCAGAUCAUCCGCGUCAAGAGGUACGAGCGGGUGCCCAUGAUCCUGGUGGGCAACAAGGUGGACCUGGAGGGCGAGCGCGAGGUCUCCUUCGGGGAGGGCAAGGCGCUGGCCGAGGAGUGGAGCUGCCCCUUCAUGGAGACCUCGGCCAAAAACAAAGCGUCCGUGGACGAGCUGUUCGCCGAGAUCGUCAGGCAGAUGAACUACGCGGCGCAGCCCAACGGGGACGAGCCGUGCUGCGCCUCCUGCGCCAUCCUCUGAGGGCGGCGGCGGCCCCGCGCCCCGGCGGGCACGCUCGGGGAGAGAAAACGUCGGCAGCAAAACUCAUCGUGGUGGAAAUGUGGCUUUUCUCGGCAUGUACGUUUCGUCCAGUCUCGGUCAUGGCAUAUUUCCUGUCAGUGUCGGCGGCGGGCGCGGGAGCGGCCGGUCCCGCCGCCCGGGGAGCGGAGCCACGCGGGGA